UAUGAAUGUUUCCCUUGAAAAAAAAUAAGGCCAUAUGUUUUUUAUUUGAUGAGUUUUUUUUUCGAAUGUUAAUUUUUUUUUGUUAAAGUUCCAAAUUUCACCACAAUAACAUCGAAAGGAAAAAAAAGAAGAAAAAAAUGGAUACAAUAAUGACAAAUGUUGAUGAUGAUAAUGAUGGAUUAUCACCGAAAAUCGAAUCGAAUAUAAACGAAACGAAUCUUUUGCUAUUCUAUCUAGUCACUUCGGCAAGUUUAUUUAGUGCAUUCAUACCGACCAUUGUAUCGUUGCUAUUAAGCCUAUUAACAUGGGAUAGUCAAAUGGAACAAUCAUUAAAAAGACAGGCAUCCGAUUUGAAAGAAGAACUUGGUUCAAUAAAUAUGACCGAUGAAUUUGCUAAAUAUUCAAAAAUACAAAGAAAAUUAUUAAAAAUAACGGAUGAAUUAAAGAAUAAAAAUAAUCGACAAUUUAUUUAUCAAACAAAAACUCGAAUCAUAUUGUAUGCUAUUUCAUAUGGAAUAUCUGCUAUUGCAUUUUUAACUAUUCAUUGGACAUAUCAUGGACAACCAGUACUUAUUUUUGAUAAUGAUCAUCAUUCCAUUGAUUUAUUCUAUCCAUUAGGUCCUUUAUUAUCAUUUUCAACCGGUCAUUCAAAUUGUCUAAGCAUAACGGCAUGGUUUUUUAUUUCUGGUUUUGUUUUUCGAAUGUUGGUUCGAGGAUUAUUCUGAUCUCUUUAUUAUUAUUUUUUUUUUGGUUAAAAAUUAUUCAUUUGGCUCCAUCUGUUAUUUAUAAUUUGGACUGUAAUAUUUAUUUAAAUACAAAAUCGUCAGAUGGCUCCAGCGAUAUCAUUGUUA